CCUUGAUCAAUUCUCUUCACUCACCAAAGCAUCACAUUCACAUACACUUACACUUUCUUCUCCCCUUCUUAUUUCCCUCUUAAGCUUUUUUUUUCAUUUCGAGAUGGCCACCGUUGAGGUUGAACAAGUGACUCCAGCAGUCGUAGAGAACGUUGAGGUACCAACAAAGACAGUCGAGGAGCCAGUGGUGACCCAACAACCUGAAGAACCCGUCACCGCCGUGGCAGAAGAAGAAAAGGAAGCACCAGCCGUGGAAACGAGCAAAGAAGUGGUUGUGGAAGAGGCAGAGAAGAAAGAUGAUGAAACAGAGAAGAAAACAGAGGAGGAAGAAGUGAAGACAGAGGUGAUCACGGAAGCCCCCGCAGCUGUGGAGGAGGAGAAGAAAGCAGAGGAAGUAGUAGAGAAGGAGGAGGUGACAGAGGCUACAGCAGUUGUGGAGGAGGAGAAGACUGAGGCGGCGGAGGAGAAACCAACUGAAGUUGCGGCUGCUGAGGAAGUUGUCGUCGAGAAGGCCGAGGAGUGAAGAAGAAGGAAGAAGCUUUAAUUGAUGACCUAUAUUUGGUCUUAUAAGUUAUAUCGUUUUCUGCUAUUUUAAUUUACUUUAUCAUAAUCUCAUAUAAAUAUGUAAUUUCCAUCGUUUAUUUGGUUUGUUAUAAUGAAAUCAGAUGUUUGGGACUUUUUUAA